GUAGGACAACGGUGUGGGCUGUUACCCUGACGGGCCGCCCUCUCAGUAAUGGACGAGUAACAUCAGUGAGCACCUGACUGAGGCAUCAAGCAGGGGCAGCACGCCACAUCAGGCACUACAGCUCUGUCGCCUUCCUUUGAGCGAUAGUGGAGCAAACUUGAGAACGAUAUUCCCCGCUGCUGCAGGCGUGGAGUAGCCCGCGGCGAUGGUCGGGAGGCGCUGGACGGAGACUGCGGUUGUGGUGGCGGUGUCUGUGGUGUGGAUCCUGCCAGGUGUGGGAGGUAGAGCAUCGCAGCCUCAGAAGACAGUGGACAUUAUCUCGGUAGCGGACAAGAACUGCCCUCCCCUGCCAAUCCACAUAACCUCCUCGAACAUCACACUGGUUACUGCUUCAAAGGCCCGCAUCUCCUGCUUGCCUGGCCACCACCUGUUCCCGGACGGCAGUUCAGACCUGACCUGCUUAAGGUUCAAGUGGAUGGCAAACGACUUAGUGUACAAGUGGUGCCGUCCCUCGUGCCCUUCCUCGUGCCCGCCCAGCCAAUGUGAGAGGCCCGGUGUGUGCCUGUGCUUCGGUGUGCCCUGUCUGGUGUUCGGCGACGUCCUUCCAGGUGAUGAGGUGGACGUGGAAGUAAAGGGCGCCGUGAUCCUGCCAGGCGGCAUCGGCGGGGCGCUGGGUACGUGCGAGGAGGGGUUCGAGGUGUCCCGUGGAGUGAGCCAGUUCGUGGUGCCCUUUGUACACGGACAGUGGGUCAUGCCUAAGACUGCCUCAGGCGCCACGCUGGCCUGCCGUCGUGCCAAUAACACAACCUGCUUGGCCGUGGCUGGCGCCUCCAACAAGGCGUGGGAAUGCCGGAGUCACCUAAGUUGCCACAACAAGCCAAACAUUCCACCAGGCAUGACUUUGACGCAGCUGGACUGCAAAACCUUCAUCCUGACGUGCAGAGGCAACAGGACGCUGAAGGGCUGCGAUGAAGGCAAGAUUCCAGUGAUCCGCUGCAUCAGUGGAUCGUGGGUGAACGUGAACUGGGACCACGACAAGGUCCUGACGUGCGAACCAGACUGUGAUGCUCCCUGCCUCAACGGUGGCAUCUGUGAUGAUGAAGGGCGGUGCCGCUGUCCUGAUGGCUUCCACGGCCACCACUGCCAGCACAUCUCCUGCUCUUCCCUCCUUCCACGAAUCCCAAACGGAACUGUUAACAGAGAAGAGGGGAACGCGCAGUUUGGAUUCAGUGGAUGGCAAAUGGAGUGCAACCCCGGGUAUCGCCUGGCUAGUGGGCGCGAGGGCAGGCAGCCGCUGGUGUGCUCCCUUGGUGAGUGGGUGGUGCCGACGGAGAACAAUCAGGAGGAGGUGAGGUGCGUGAGGCACGGCGAAGUGCCUUGUCUCAACGGUGGGAAGCUCAAGAGUCGCAAGUGCGUGUGUUCAGUGGGUACGACUGGGAGGCUUUGUGAGGGACGUGUGUGUGCCGACCCGCCGCCCUUUGUGCUCCAUGGGUUCUUGGACCACAGCUCGUUCCCGCGCCUGUUAAUCAGGUGCCUGCCUGGUUACGCCAUGCCGGGAGGAGACAUGGAGAGGGAAGUGUUUUGCAACGAGACCACCGGUAAGUGGGUAGUUCCCAACAAUACCAGGUGCGAUGUUGUGUGCAAGAAUCCCUGCUUCAAUGGAGGCUCGUGUGACCUGAUGGAUAUGUGUCGCUGCGCCGAGGGUUUCGCCGGGGAGAGCUGCCAAGAAGUCGUCUUUGAGUAUUUUAAGUGCAGUGCGCCACUGCCUGAGGUGCCUUACGGGGAGAGUGUUGAUGGCGACCCACCGUACAUCCAGUGCUACCCAAACCACAUCCUUCCCUCCGGCCGGACAAAUGCCACGCUUCGCUGCUACAAUAACCGCUGGGGUCUGCAAGGUGAAUCAGAAAUCAUUACAGAAAACUGGAAUGCUCUGAAUUGUUCUCCUAUAUGUCACCCGUCCUGCAAGCCGCCCAUGGUGUGUGCCUCUCCAGGAAUCUGCCUUUGUCCCUUUCAUCUGGAGGGCAGUCGAUGCCAGUAUCCAGUAGCGGAGUCCUGCGAUGAUCCACCGCCAGUACCCAAUGCUUUCGUGGAGCUGCAUACGGGAUUUGUGACUUGCCGAAAAGGGUUUGUUGUUGGAGAGUUCGGCACCGUCACCAGAUGGCUCGCUCAGUGCUACUACAGCGUGUGGAUCUCGCCAUACCCUCUGGCUGACGGCUGCAGACCAGUGUGCGACCCCGAGUGUUCGUCCAACGGCGUGUGUUCGGAUAUCAAUUACUGCCUGUGCUCAAAACAUUACUGCGGAAGAACUUGCGAGAUCUCAGUAUUUCAUGGACCUUAUCCCAUAGUAGUGAAGGGCCACUUGGAUAAAUGCCACAACGAUGUGCUGGCGAAGUGUCCCUCAGGUUACAACUUCGAGGACGGCAGGUCAGAAAUCCCCCUCGUCUCCACCGACCACUACAGGAAAACGCAAAGUGAUCAACCGUCCAAUAUGACGUGUUACCCUAACUGUACCGACCCUUGCGUUAACGGCGGAGAGUGCGAGGAAUACAAUUACUGCAGGUGUAAGGAAGGUUACCUUGGAAGUUCUUGCCAGCACGUGAGCUGCGACUUGGUGCCCCUCAACGUCCUCAACAACGUGCUCCAGAAGAGCAACAACACUUUGGUCGUGGAAUGCCUCGAGGGACUCACUUUUCCCCACGGGGAGAGGCGCCUCACGUUCAAAUGCAAUGGCGAGUACUGGAUCUUCCCGAGCAAGUACAAUUCCACGUCAGACAUGCAUUGCACCAGGAAUUGUGAGCAGCCCUGCCAGAACGGCGGCACCUGCGAGAUGCUGGGCCACUGCCGGUGUCUCCUGGGCUUCACGGGGCACCUGUGCGAGUCCCGCAUCUGUAAUGAUUUCCUCCCGACCAUAGUUAAUGGAACUUACUCCUACAUCAACGACUCUGUGCUUGUCAACUGCACGGCCAGCACGUACAGCUACUGGAUUACGUGCGAGAACGGUACCUGGCAGGGCGACGCCGCCUCCGAGGACGCCCCGUGCCCUAUCAUCUGUCCGCUGAAGUGCAAGCACGGCGGCACGUGCAUCCCACCGGGGGUAUGCAUCUGUCCUGAGGGCUACACGGGCCUGGUGUGCGAGAGUCACCUGUACGAGUGUCUGGUGCAGCCCCCGCUGAUAAUCAACAGCGAUAUAAUGUACAACUAUCGGAACGCUACGGUGAAAUGUCACGACGGAUUCGCUUUUUGGAAUAACGCCACUACUCUCAAUCUGGACUGUAAGAUCAACCAUUGGCACCCACUAGAGAUGGACCACAUGCCCAAGAUGUGCUUCCCCAACUGCGAGCCGCCCUGUCAGAACGAUGGCAUCUGUCUGGGCAGGAACCGGUGCCUGUGUCCCCGUGGCCUGAUGGGACCAACUUGUGAUAAGGGAUCCCUUUGUAUCGCUCCCCCAGAGGCGCCGCCCAACAUGGAGCUGAAGAAUAUUAGCGGGGGUGUCUACGUGGCCACCUGCAAGAAGAAUCACACCUUUCCUUCCCCGGACAUCUCUUCCCUCACGAUCAGUUGUGAGGCGGGAGUGUGGUCCAAGAGCCACGUCUACGUCUGCCGUCCUCUGUGCACUCGUCAGUGUCAGAACGGCGGCAUUUGUAGUGAUGUUAACGUGUGCAAAUGCCCGCCUGGUACUCAGGGGCCCACGUGUGGCACCCUUGUGGCUGGCAAGUGUCGGGCGGACGUGAAGUGGCAGAACGUGAUGGUCACUCCCAUAAAUGAAACAGGAGGGCUGAACAUCACCUGCAAUCCAGGCAACACGCUGUGGCCGCCAGAUCACGGUGACAACUGGAAGCUUCUCUGCGUGAGCGGCGAGUGGUCAGAAGUGCCAGUGGAGUGGAACGAGGAGUUCCCCUGCGUGCCGAACUGCGACCCUCCUUGCCAGGGUGGAGGGAAAUGCAUAGCACCGAGUCAGUGCUACUGUGGCAGCGGAGUCUUCAUGGUGGAUUGCAUGAUGAAGAAGUGGUGCAACAGGUGGCCCCUUAUCACCAACGGACUCGCCUAUAGAUUAGCGCCGCGCCUAACGAGGGUCGCCUGCCUCGAGGGCCGCCUGACAUACGGGGGAAGUCGGAACGUGGUGCUGCGCUGCUUUGAUGACUACUGGGUCACCGCCAGCAAAACACCCAUCAUUGUCAACGAUGUGCACUGCAACUUCACCUGCAAUCCACGCUGCAAGAACGGUGGCCGUUGCGUGGGCCACAACAUGUGUGCCUGCAACAGCGGCUACGGCGGCCCCUUCUGUGACUACCCGGUGUGUGGCACCGGGCCGCUCAGGGUGCAGCACGGCCAGCUGAAUGCGAAGUCCUCCGCUGGCAUGGUCUUCGGCACGGUACGCUGCAAUGACCAGUACCGCCUGGCGUCGGGGGAGCAGCAGACCAGCUUCCAGUGCCGGAAUGGCACGUGGUAUUUUUCGGGCGAUAUGUCGGGCCACAAGCUCAUCGAGUGCCACCCGUUGUGUUCUCCGCCGUGCGUCAACCGUGGAUCCUGCGUGGCGCCAGGCCACUGUCUCUGUUUCGGAGGCUUCACCGGGAAGUACUGCGAGAUGCGACCCACCCUGGCUGUGAGCGGACUAAAGUGCAAGUUUCCGUUCUCGUACGGCCACGAGAUGCACAUUUCGUGCAUUACCUACAACAGCAGGAUCCCUUGGUGCGCCACGCAUGUCAACGUGUUUGGGGAGCCGCUCACCAUAGACUACUGCAACACCACGCACUAUCUAGAAGAGGUGGUUGAGACCAUCUCGGGUCGCACGUGCGCCUUCCCCUUCAAAGCAAAAGGCGUCACGUUUUGGAAGUGCGCACGAGACGAGAGGGAGAGGUCCUGGUGCGCCACCCACGUCAGCGGUACGGGGGACGUCUUGCAGUGGGACUUCUGCUGGCUGGACCAUGGUUACCAGCGAGUGACGGUGACCAAAAACGGCAUGAUGUGUCACAUUCCCUACAUGCACGAUGGCAUGCUGC